GUGGUCUGUCAGCCCUCUGGGCUCGAGGUCGUGGGCACCCCUCCAAGGGCGCCAUCUGCGCGGGCCCGCGGCGGGGUCCCACGCCGAGGGGGGGCGCUGGGGCCACCUCGAUGCGAUGGACGGCGACGAGGGCGACGAGGGCACCGAGGAGGUGGUUCAGGACGGCCAGGACGCGGUGAAGAAGAAGAAGAAGCCUCGGAAGAAGAAGAAGGGCAAGUCCGAGGAAGUCGAGGAGGCGCCCGCGCCCGCUCCUCCGGAGGAGGGGCCCCCCGACUAUACCGCGAGCGAGUGGGUGGACAUAACCGGCAUGUGCAACACCGCCGUGAGCGGGAUGGGGGCAGGCGAGAUGAUCGAGAGCCCAAACUUUCGCCUCGUUGACGCGAUAUGCGCCAUCGAGAUCAUGGACCCCAAGAUGGACUCUGGCUUCCGGUGCCAGGAGGACAUGACCAUCGAGAGGGCGGCCGAGGUGGGCAUCUUAACCACCGCUCUGUCGCACGAGGACAUGGUCACUAUCUGGGACCAGUUGCUGAUGUAUUAUCUGAAGCGCUUCGCGGUGCGCUCCCGCUCUCUGCUUGCCUCUCUCCUGGAAGAG